UGUUUAAGCACAGCCUUCAGUCCACUGCGGUCUCCUCAGCUGCUUGCACCGGACACCCUGGAGGUCCAAGAUUCCACUGCAAUGAGUUGGUGGAGGAACAAUUUCUGGAUCAUCUUAGCUGUGGCCAUGAUCGUUGUCUCCUUGGUCCUAGGUCUUAUCCUGUACUGUGUCUGCAGGUGGCAGCUUAGACAAGGCAGGAAAUGGGAAAUUACCAAGUCCUUGAAAAAGAGUCGAGGAGAUGAAGAAAAGAUGUAUGAGAAUGUUCUUAAUUCAUCACCAGGUCUAGUACCCCCUCUGCCACACAGGGGUUCUCUUUCCCCAGGAGACUUCACCCCACAGGAAACCCCAAGCCAGUCACUGGCGUCAUACUCCUCAGUGAAAAAAGUUAGAAACAAGACCUUUUCCGUGCCUGAAAAUGACUACGAUGACAUUGAAAUCCCUGCAAGCUCUGAGAACCAGCAUCCGAAAACUACUUUUUGGCAAGCUGAAAAGGGUUUACACAGCUUAUUUUAAAAAAUCAAGAAUGGUUGGACUUCAGUGGCACUGUAGCAACCAACGAAGGACAAAGUGACCUUCUGACUUACUUGACAGUUCUCUUUUGCAAUAGAUGUGCUGACAAUGUAACAGGAAAAGUAGGUUUCCUCAGGAACAGUCCUGGGUCAGCACCAUUCAGUACCAGCAUAUUCCGGAUGAGAGCUCAGGGGCUUGCCAUCCCCAUCUGUAAUUUUUGUAGUUACUUCUCUUAUUAUUGCUCUCUCUUCCAUGCCUGGCUUUCUCAUCUCUGCUCUCUCAUCUCCCUCUAAAUAUUCCUAAGUGAUGUCACCAGUGCCCAUGGGCUCAGAUGCCCCCUCUACCUGGCAACUUCCACACUGCAGACUCCAGCUGAGCCAUCUCUCCAGUUCCAGGCUGGGCUGCCUGCAGGGCAUCUCCAUCUGACUACCACACAGGACCUUCAAGUUCAACACUCCCCAAAGAGACCCAGUGACACCCCCAGUCCCAGCCUCUCAUAUUCUGUCUUCUCAGUUGCUGAGGUCAGAAACCAGCACCCUUCUCUCCCUGAUGACUAAGCCUCUCCAAUAGUUCUCCAAUCAGCCCAUGUCUCCAUCUCUGCUCUGAGGCCAGCCAUUACCAGUGCUUUGCAAAGAGAACUUUAAUAUCUUCUAACUGUAUCCUGUCUCUAGAAUUUCACCCUCUAAACCAUCGCUACUUGGCAGCCAGUGAUUUUCUGCAGUGAACAUCUAACCACUCCCUUCCUUGUUUAAACCUCCUCUUUGCCCACUAACCUCAGAAAAAGUCCAGACUCCUUAGCACAGCAUACAAGAUUUGUCAGGAUCCAGUGACCAGCUCUUUUGCCACUGUCCACUCUUACCACCUCCUGACAACCUCCACUCUGCCCACUGUUUUCAUUGUAUUUGAAAUUACCUUUGCUGCAGUCUUCCUUGCAUUGCCCACCCUUGCAUCUUGGGUACCUUGUCUUCAGCACCCCAGACUGUGGCAGUUGUCUUCUGAGGUGUUUUCAUCUCAGCACUAGCACUUGUGGAGAGCCAGCCAUGUGUCUCUCUCUUCUACUCCACCGAAAGCAACUCAAGAGCAGGAACUGUGUGCUGCUUUCCUCUUGUUCCUAACACACUGUGGACCAUCAAUAAAUAUGUUGAGCA